UCCCCUCCAUGGCCCUCCUGGCUCUCACCCUGGCUCUGCUGCCAAUGACCGUGGCCACCACGGCCUAUGAGGUGAAGCCCCUGGACAUGGCCCUGGACUCCUUCGAUGACCAGUACCAGAACUGCAGCCACGCCAUGAAGGCGGCACUGCCGGCCCUGAACCGCUUCGAGUUCCAGAACAAUUCCCUUUUCACCGAGGUCUGGUCACAGGCUGUGUCCAUGUGGCGAUUUCGGGGGUCCCCUGUGUCCCCUCUGUCAUCCUCAGACCAGGCCACCGCCAUCAUGGCCUACACCAUGGUUUUCCUGUCUGAGCAAUUCAACAGUGAAGUGAGUGUGGCCGGGCACUCCCCCCAGGAAUACCGCGACAACUUCCACUUCAAAACGCUGCAUUUCCUGCUGACCGACGCCCUGGCCACACUGUGGGAUGAUCAGAAGGAGGAGGAAUGUCACUGUGUGUUCUGGGGGGUUGACAAGUACAAGUUCGAGGCAAAUGUUGGUGACAUUGUCCGGUUUGGCCAAUUUGCGUCAUCAACACUCUGCGAAGAUACCAUCCACGAUUUGAGGACCACCACGGUGUUCAAGGUGAUCACGUGUCACGGAGUGGAUAUCAGGGAAUUCUCCAGAUAUCCCUCUGUGGAGGAGGUGCUGAUCCCGCCCUUUGAGAUGUUCAACGUCACCAAAGUCAUGGAGAAAGGGACGAGUGUGGAGAUCCACCUCGACUCCAUCGGGACCUACAGCAAAUACAACUGCGAGUGGCUGACAGCCCACCGUGACCCCCUGACCUCCCUGGCCCCUGCCCCUGACAUCAUCCCUCCCGCCGUCCCUGUCACUGUCACCUCAUGGCCCCCAUCUGUCCUGUCACCCCCAGCCCCCGUUAUGGCCGUCUGGACAAUCCCUCACUGA